CACCCAGCUGAUCCAUUUAUAUUCCAGGGCUGAAAUAAUAGCUAUACAUACACAUUGAAGAAAGCCGGCGAGCGUCAUUUGCGAAUUUAUUUUCUGUCAGCACGACUGUGAAAGCAUCAUAAUAAUAAUAAAAUAAUGGCCGCAUCAAUUGAUGGCGUUUUGCCCGCAACAUUGCAGGAAUUAGUUCAAAAGUCCAAAGUGUUGGUUGUUGGCGCCGGUGGCAUCGGCUGCGAGGUGCUUAAAAAUCUUGUCCUCAGCGGCUUUACGCAAAUUGAAAUUAUCGAUUUGGAUACCAUCGAUCUAAGCAAUUUGAAUCGGCAGUUCCUGUUCCAUCGUGAGCAUGUGGGCAAGUCAAAAGCACGCGUAGCACGCGAAAGUGCACUCAGCUUCAAUCCUGAUGCGAAUAUAACGGCAUACCACGAUAGCGUUACAUCAACUGAUUAUGGUGUCAACUUCUUCAAGAAAUUUGAUGUGGUGCUCAGCGCCUUAGAUAACCGAGCAGCUCGCAACCAUGUGAACCGCAUGUGUUUGAAUGCCGAUGUGCCACUAAUCGAAAGUGGCACCUCUGGCUACAAUGGUCAAGUAGAGCUGAUUAAGCGCGGCUUGACGCAAUGCUACGAAUGCACACCGAAGGAGAAGCAACGCAGUUUUCCCGGCUGCACCAUAAGGAACACACCAUCGGAGCCCAUUCAUUGCAUUGUCUGGGCCAAGCAUUUGUUCAAUCAACUCUUUGGAGAAUCUGUUGAAGAUGAGGAUAUUUCGCCAGACUCUGCUGAUCCGGAAGCACAAAAUGAAAGUGUAACAGCAGAAGCAAAAGCAGCUGAUGGCGCUGGUGAUGUUGCCAUGGAGGAUAAAGAAAAUGAUAAGGAGCAAGAGAAAUCAACUGAAGCUGAAUCUGAAGGCGAGCCAAAAAACAAUGGCAAUGUGGUGCGCAUCAAUACACGCCAAUGGGCGAAGGACUGCAACUAUGAUGCUGGCAAAUUGUUCAACAAAUUCUUCAACGAGGACAUCAACUACUUGUUGCGCAUGUCGAAUCUCUGGAAGUCUCGCAAGGCGCCCGUGCCCGUGCAAUGGGAUACGUUGUUGCCCGACGGCACCAAGACAGCAGAAGCUCCAGAGUUCGCGCGUCAGCAUCACAAAGUGUGGACUGUUGAGGAAUGCGCCCAUGUGUUUGCGAAUGCUCUCAAAGAGUUAAGCGCUGCUUUCCUGAAGCUAGAAGGCAGUGAUACCCUUGUGUGGGAUAAGGAUGAUCAGCCUGCUAUGGAUUUUGUGGCUGCCUGUGCCAAUGUGCGUUCCCAUAUUUUUGAUAUUGAGCGCAAGUCACGGUUCGAAAUCAAAUCAAUGGCUGGCAACAUCAUUCCAGCUAUUGCGACCACAAAUGCCAUUACCGCUGGCAUUUCCGUGAUGCGCGCAUUCAGUGUGUUGCAGUCCAAGUGGGAGCAAUGCAAGGCUGUCUAUGCUCGUCUACGUCUCAAUGGACGCCAGCAGUUCCUUGUGGCAGAUACAUUCUUUCCGCCACCAAAUCCCAAUUGUUAUGUGUGUGCCAGUGAUCCGGCAAUUACAUUGCGCAUCGACACCAAGCGCAUUCAAGUUAAAGCUUUUCGCGAUGAUGUUCUCAUUAAAACUUUGAAUAUGGUCAAUCCGGAUGUCACAGUCGAGGCCACCGGCUCCAUUGUCAUCUCUUCAGAGGAGGGUGAAACCGAAUGCAAUGAACAGAAGCUGCUCUCGGAGAUGAACAUUGUAGAUGGUGUGAUUCUCAAGUGCGAUGAUUUCUUCCAAAGCUAUGAGCUUAGCAUUAUCAUAUCACACUUCGAUGCUGAACGUGAUGAUGUGCUGUUCGAGGUAAUCGCCGAUAAAAGUCAAUUACAGCCUAAGCAAGAAGAGAAACCGAAGGAAGAUAGCGAGGAACAGAGUUCCACCUCCCGCAAGCGUCCGGCGAAUGGCAGUGAUAUUGCUGAUGAUGGUCCAUCGACCUCAAAGCGCACUCGAUUGCCAGAAGUUGAGGAUGAUGAUGAUGAUUGUCUCGUCAUUGAAGAAGAUGAUGAUGUUCAGGAGAUUGUAAACACGAAAACAGAACAGCUUACCGUCAAAAGCCCACCAAAGGUAGCAAUUAAACGGAAGCCGGACAAUCUGACGGAUGAUGAAAAUAUAACCGAAAUACUUGACUCAUCGGAUGAGGAAGAUGUGGGUCCUACUAAGAGCAAGCGCACGAAACUAAAUGACAGUCAGCCUAAUGAAGUAAUUAGUAUUGACUAAUAUACUUUGAAUGUUCCAACUUAAUGUCAUUCUCAACUUAAAUAAACAAAUGAUUUUUAUUUGUAUAAAAUUCUA